UCUGACAGAACGCGAGGAGCGGCGCGAGGGUUGGAUGUAUCAAGACAAGUAGAUGUGUUUCUUACCUGAAGAAAACAACCGUACAAGAAACACCAGAGAGACCAAUAAACAAACAAGUCCUUCACAUAUUUUCGUCUUACGUAGCUUUGGUGGAACAUUAACGAUAAAAACAAUUUAACGGAAUUUUUCUAAGCUGUUUCCCCCUCUGCCAUAGGGGGGAGCAGUCAUAUGAUAGCUUGAGGGCGGCGGCAUUUCGCACCACCUUACUGUAGCUCACUGCCUGACACAAGUCCUGGGACCUCUUGAACUCUGUAUCGUCUUCUCUACUAUUUUUGCGUGCAAACUCGCCACAGAACUAUACGAAUUUGGACUGGGGCAUUGCAGUACAGUCCCUCUAAACAGCAUAGCACCAGUCCUGAUUAUACAUUUCUCACUUCAGAAGCAACGGAUUCUCUUCACUGACUAGUUUUUAUUCUCCAUAUAAUGGGGAAAAGUGGACAGUCGGUGAGAUUUGGAACCGGAAUCAGAAGACUCUCCCUACGAAUGUCCACAUCACCUGGACUCAUUCUGCUGCUUGUGAUCAACAUUGUAACGGCACAAGUGGACGAUGACUUCCUGGGGCUGGGUGAGCUACCAGAGACCUUCCCCUCGGACCCGCCGGAGCCCCUGCCUCACUUCCUCAUGGAGCCCGAGGAGGCCUACAUCGUCAAGAACAAGCCGGUGAACCUCUACUGCAAGGCCACCCCCGCCACACAGAUCUACUUCAAGUGCAACAGCGAGUGGGUCCACCAGAAGGACCACACCGUGGAGGAACGGGUGGAUGAGACAUCAGGUCUGGUGGUGCGUGAGGCCAGCAUUGAGAUCUCUCGGCAGCAGGUGGAGGAGCUGUUUGGCCCGGAGGAUUACUGGUGCCAGUGCGUGGCCUGGAGCUCAGCGGGUACCACCAAGAGCCGCAAAGCCCACGUCCGCAUCGCAUAUCUCAAGAAGUCGUUUGACCAGGAGCCAUUAGGAAAGGAAGUCUCUCUCGAGCAGGAAGUGCUCCUACAGUGCCGUCCACCUGAGGGGAUACCUGCAGCGGAGGUUGAGUGGUUGAAAAAUGAGGAGAUCAUUGAUCCGGCGGAUGACCGUAACUUCUACAUCACCAUCGACCACAACCUGAUCAUCAAGCAGGCUCGCCUGUCCGACACGGCCAACUACACCUGCGUGGCCAAGAACAUCGUGGCCAAGAGGAGAAGCACCACCGCCACUGUCAUCGUCUACGUGAACGGAGGAUGGUCGACUUGGACCGAGUGGUCGGUGUGUAACAGCCGCUGUGGGCGGGGCUUCCAGAAGCGGACGCGGAGCUGCACCAAUCCGGCGCCACUGAAUGGCGGAGCUCCGUGUGAUGGAGCGGCUAUACAGAAGCUGCCCUGCACGUCUCUCUGCACAGUGGACGGGGAGUGGACAGAGUGGAGCAAGUGGUCGACGUGCGGCACCGAGUGCACCCACUGGCGCCGGCGCGAGUGCAACAACCCAGCGCCCAAGAACGGGGGCAAGGACUGCGAGGGCAUGGUCCUGCAGUCGCAGAACUGCACAGAUGGGCUUUGCAUGCAGAGUUCGUUGUAUCAGCUGUCCACUGAGCCUAAAGCCAAGAAUGAUUUUGGAGUGUCAUCCGCACCCAGCACAGACGACGUGGCCCUCUAUGUGGGCAUUGUCAUCGCCGUCAUCAUGUGCCUGGUCAUCUCUGUCAUCGUGGCCCUCUUCGUCUACCGCAAGACCCACCGCGACUUCGAUUCGGACAUCAUAGACUCCUCAGCCCUUAAUGGGGGCUUCCAGUCGGUCAACAUCAAGACUGCACGUUCGGCCGACCUGCUGACCGCUCCGCCGGACCUGACCAACGCAGCUGCCAUGUACCGUGGCCCCGUCUACGCCCUGCACGACGUCUCCGACAAGAUCCCCAUGACCAAUUCGCCGCUGCUCGACCCGCUGCCCAACCUGAAGAUCAAGGUGUAUAACUCGUCCACGCUGGUGACGCCGCAGGACGAGCUGGCCGACUACGCCUCCAAGCUCUCGCCCAAGGUCACGCACUCGCUGCUGGACAACAGCGAGACGACGGCAGCGGCCAGCCUGCGCACUCAAACACUGGCACGCACGCGCGACCCCUCCUGCACCGCCGUGGGCUCCUUCAACUCCCUGGGGGGACACCUGAUCGUCCCCAACUCAGGUGUGAGCUUGUUGGUCCCAGCGGGAGCUGUUCCUCAGGGUCGCGUCUAUGAGAUGUAUGUCACCGUCCAGAGGAAAGACAGCAUGAGGCCCCCCGUGGAGGACGUGCAGACGGUCCUGAGCCCCGUGGUGAGCUGCGGGCCCCCGGGGGCCCUGCUGACGCGGCCCGUCAUCCUCACCAUGCACCAUUGCGCCGCGGCCAACAGCGAGGACUGGCACAUCCAGCUCAGCAGCCAGAUGCAGCAGGGCCAGUGGGAGGAGGUGGUGGUGGUGGGGGAGGAGAACUUCGCCACCCCUUGCUACAUCCAGAUGGACGAGGAGGCAUGCCACGUCCUCACCGAGACGCUGGGAACCUACUGCCUGGUUGGCCAGUCCAUCAGCAAGGCCACGGCCAAGCGGCUGAAGCUGGCCAUCUUCGGACCGGUCAGCACCACCGCUCUGGAGUAUCACAUCCGCGUGUACUGCCUGGACGACACGCAAGAUGCCUUGAAGGAGGUGCUGCAGAUGGAGAAGCAGAUUGGCGGGAAGCUGCUGGACGAACCAAAGACGCUGAACUUCAAGGACAGCACCCACAACCUCCGCCUCUCUGUCCACGACAUCCCUCACGGCGAGUGGAAGAGCAAGCUGCUGGCCAAGUACCAGGAGAUCCCCUUCUACCAGGUGUGGAGUGGCUGCCAGCGGACCCUGCACUGCACCUUCACCCUGGAGCGCUUCAGCAUCGCCACCAUCGAGCUGGACUGCAAGCUCUGCGUCCGGCAGGUGGAGGGCGAGGGCCAGAUCUUUCAGCUCAACACCGCCCUCUCCGAGGACUCCCAGAGCAUUGACACCUCGCUGAUGGACCCGGCCAGCAACAUCACCACGCUGGUGGGGCCCAGCGCCUUCCGCAUCCCCCUGUCCAUCCGCCAGAAGCUCUGCGGCAGCCUGGACGCGCCCCAGUCCCGUGGGAACGACUGGAGGAUGCUGGCGCACAAACUCAACUUGGACAGGUACCUCAACUACUUUGCCACCAAGUCGAGUCCGACCGGUGUGAUCCUGGACCUGUGGGAGGCGCAACACUUCCCCGACGGCAACCUCAACCAGCUGGCCGCCGUCCUGGAGGAAAUGGGUCGCCAUGAGAACAUAGUCCCCAUGGUGAUAGAGCUGUGAGAGUGACCUCGGAGCGGAAGCGAGAGCCAUACGGCGCUACUCCCACACAUACACACACACACACACACACACACACACACGCAAGCGCGCGCGCACGUUGUGAAAGCGAGAGGAGAGAAGAGGUGGAGGAAGGGGGGGGGGGGGGCUUCAAGCGAACAAACAAGAGAAUCCUUCACCAGACCACGCAGGUCACAGACUGAAGUAUGAAGACGUAUGAUGAACAAAGAGACGGUCUGGGAGCAAAAAAUAUGAAAAAGAGAAAAACACUUACCUUGAUAAUGUUAUGAAUUGUGCUGUGAUUUAUCUUUUACUGACAAAACAACAAAGUGGACAUAUAUAUGAAACAAGAGUAUUGGUUAAAGUUAAAACAAAAAAAAAAUCAAAUCUCUUUCUAUAGGUAUUUCUAUAGUCUUUUUCACUGUACGUGCACCUUCACGUACAGAUUGUUUAAUACAGUUUCCAUGGAAACGAUUUAUGCUGCUGUCCAGAUAUGUGGAUGAUUCUCCCCAUCGACCCCCACCCCCACCCAAGAGCGACCUUGAACAAGCAGGCUACUAACUAACUAAUAUUUGGAGUGGGAGGAUGGGGCGGAGAGAGGAGAUGUGGGGGCCAGAUGUGGGGACCUCCGGGGGGGGUCCAGGGUUAGUUUCAGAUGAUAUCAGCCAUCCUCAACCCUCAGUAUCUAUGUUCUACCCCGUCCCCCUCUCCCAGUCACACGACUCUAAUUAUGCACACGCCCCAGUCCCCCUCCUGGUCCACUUACGGUCAACCCCAGGAGAAUCAUUGUUGUUAUUGUUUGUAUGCAUAAGUCAUGUUUUUGCUUCAUUUUUAAAAGGAAAAACAUCUUUUUUUUUUGUAUCACAUCUUAUCUAACCUUUUCUUUCAGUGCUCUCCUUAACGUUUUUUUUUUUUCUUCAAAAAGAGUUUUUAGUUCACUGCUGCCACCUGGUGGAAUAAGAGGAAACCUACAUAGUCAUAUAGAAUUGUGUAAUUUUGAAUUUGUAAAUACAGGACAUGUAUACCAAGUACAUUGAAGUGGCCUUUUCCAGUUGACUCCUAUGACUAUGUUUCUGUUUUGAUUUCAGUGGGCUAUUGUGUAUUGGGGACUUUUUGGGGGGUUGUUCGUUUCGGUUUCGUUUCUCCUGUUUUUACAACAACAGUGCAUUGGAGCACUUGCCGCUUAUCAGACUAUACUGACAAACAAUUGUGUGUGUCCGCUUUUUACUAAUAAUGAUGUCGACAUGAAUAGCCAGAUCAUUUGCAAAAUGAAUCUCUCGGUGUGCAGCGCUCAUUUUUAACCAGCUGGAGAACAUAAAGAUGAACCAUUUCAUGCUCAAGUUUUAAAGACAUCAGAGUGUCAGUGUUGAGACAUGCAUUUUCUUUUUCAGUUUUUUUCAGAAACCUAAAAUAAAAUAAAAUCAAGACACAGAAGAACUUACAGAUUUAACAUUCCUUGUUGCAGUAUUCCCUCUGUAUGGAAUAUGGGAUUUUAAAAAAUGGUGAUUGAUUUUUGUUCGCUUUACAUGUUGCCUUUGUGGCUGACAAUUUUGUGAUGUUUCUGUUCGUGUUCCUAUGUGACCACAAAACGAUAAAAUGUUUGACUCAAAAGCUUGUAGAUCAUUUAAUGAAUUUAAUGGAUAUGGCGAGACUUAAAUGAUGAUUGCCCAAGCCAUCUUUUCAUUUUUUUAAAAAAAGAACUCCAACCUCAGGCUCAACAAGGCUCAAGAGACGUACAGCAAGAUGAAUGGGAAAGCAUUGGUAUGAAAGCAGGAUAUCAGAGUAUGCUAUCAUUAUUGAGUAGAAACACUCAACUUUCUUACGAUGUUAAAAUGACAACCAUGUUAAAAAAAUAAUCCUGUUUGUAUUUUCAGUUGGAUUUGUUUGUUGUUUACUCAUCACCGUGUUUGUAAAAGCUGUGUCUACUAUGCAAAGUUGGCUUUCUUUAUAUAACUAUGACUAGAGCAGUGCUAGUAAGUGCUUUUUAUUUUGUUAAACUGAUUUAUACUCGUACGGUUUGUAUAGUGAGGGUGUGGUCCGCUCUGGUUUGGCACGUUUCAUUAAUGACCCCUUGAAAUUGCUCGCGUCUCCUCCCCUUGGUCAAGUUUAUUUACUGUACAAAGUGUAAGAAAGAAUUUUUAAAACAAUUAAUAAAUUAUAUUUAUAAGCAAUGCUGAAAA